AUGGAUCUCGUCGAAAGUUACACCAUGAAGCGUCACCAUGUGUAUGCAGACAAUUUCUUUUCGUCAAUAAAACUUGUUGAGGACUUGAAAAAGGCUGACACCUACUAUUGUGGGACAAUACGUAAAAAUCGUAGAGGACUUCCCAAUCUUGAUGGGCGUUUGGAGAGAGGUCAGAGUGUGAAAAAAGCUAAUGGAAAUGAGGUGAUAGUGGCACGAUGGCGAGACAAGAGGGAUGUGUUCAUGAUUUCAUCCAACAAUGACGGGUCAUACACCCAGAAGCCGAGGACAAGAUUCCGCCAUGACGAGAUGAUUGACAUUCCAAUGCCAGUAUGGGAGGUGUUAAUCAUCUAG